CCCCAAGCGCGCGCCCCUGGCGCCCGGGGGAGAGCCUCGGGUUGCGGUGGGCGGGGAAACGCGGGGUGCCCGCCUCUCGGGUCACCCCCAGGCCUUGGGGAGCCAUCGAGCGGCCCGCGACGCAAGCACCUGCUGGAACAGGGGGCGCGGGGAGGGCCCGAGCCCGCCAGAGCCCGGCCCGCAGCGCCGCGGCCCAGUCGGAGGAGCGCGAGGAAGUGCCUAGGCGUCUGGACGAUGCUCACUGUGGCCAUGUGUGUGGCCCUUCUGGGCUGCCUGCAAGCCCAGGCGCUGCGGGGCCACGUCUCCGUCAUCCUGCUGGGAGCCACUGGGGACCUAGCCAAGAAGUACUUAUGGCAGGGGCUAUUCCAGCUCUUUCUGGAUGAAGCAGAGCAGGGCCACAGUUUCCGCUUCCAUGGGGCUGCUCUGACGGCCCCCAAGCAGGGCCAGGAGCUCAUGGUCAAGGCCCUGGAAUCCCUCUCCUGUCCUGAGGACAUGGCCCCUGGCCGCUGUGCAGAACUCCAAGCCCAGUUCCUGCAGCUGAGCCAGUACCACCAGCUGAAGACGACAGAGGACUACCAGGCCCUGUGUGCGGACAUCGAGGCCCAGGUCCGGCAGGAAGGCCUCAGGGAGGCUGGCAGGCUCUUCUACUUCUCGGUGCCACCCUUCACCUAUGCCGACAUUGCCCGUCACAUCAACAGCAGCUGCCGCCCCGGGCCAGGCACCUGGCUGCGUGUUGUUCUUGAGAAGCCUUUUGGCCACGACCACCCCUCAGCCCAGCAGCUGGCCACUGAACUUGGGAGCUUCUUCCAAGAGGAGGAGAUGUACCGGGUGGACCAUUACCUGGGCAAGCAGGCUGUGGCUCAGAUCCUGCCCUUCCGGGACCAGAACCGCCAGGCCCUGGACGGCCUCUGGAACCGGCACCACGUGGAAAGAGUAGAAAUCAUCAUGAAGGAGACGCUGGAUGCAGAAGGUCGCACCAGCUUCUAUGAGGAGUAUGGCGUCAUCCGCGACACGCUGCAGAACCACCUGACCGAGAUCCUCACACUCGUGGCCAUGGAGCUGCCGGCCAAUGUCAGCGCCUCCGAGGCCGUGCUGCAGCACAAGCUCCAGGCCUUCCGGGCGCUGCGCAGCCUGCACAGGGGCAGCGCCGUGGUGGGCCAGUACCUGGCCUACAGCGAGCAAGUGCGCAGGGAACUGGGCAAGCCGGACAGCUUCCGCAGCCGGACGCCCACCUUCGCAGGCGUCCUGGUCCACUUGGACAAUCUGCGCUGGGAGGGCGUCCCAUUCAUCCUGGUGUCCGGCAAGGCCUUGGACGAGAGAGUGGGCUACGUGCGCAUCCUGUUUAAGAACCGGGCGUUCUGUGCGCAGAGCGAGGAACACCGGGCCCCAAGCCAGAGCCCGUGCAGGCCGCGCCAGAUCAUCUUCUAUAUCGGACACGGCCCGCUGGGCCAGCCCGCUGUGCUGGUCAGCAAGAACCUGUUCAGGCCCUUCCUGCCCACCAAGAGCUGGAAGGAAGUGGAGGACAGGCCCAGCCUCCAGCUUUUUGGCCAGCCCCUGUCUGAUUUCUACGCCUUCAGCCCCGUGAGAGAGCAAGAUGCCUACUCACUCCUCCUGUCGCACAUUUUUCAUGCCCGCAAGGAAUCCUUUGUCCCCACGGAGCACUUGCUGGCCUCCUGGGUUUUCUGGACACCGCUGCUGGACGGCCUGGCCAAGGAGGUCCCACGCGCUUACCCAGGGGGUGCUGACAACGGCCGGCUGCUGGACUUUGAGUUCACAGGUGGCCACUUGGCCUUCUCCCUGCAGCAGCCGGAGCAGUUGGUGCCAGGGCCAGGCCCUGCCCCGCAGCCCAGCGACUUCCAGGUCCUGGGGGCCAGGUACCGAGACAGCCCUCUGAUCUCGGCCUGGCCCGAGGAGCUCAUCUCUAGGCUGGCCAGCGACAUUGAGGCGGCGGCUGUGCAGGCAGUGAGGCACAGUGGCACCUUCCACCUGGCACUGUCUGGAGGCUCCAGCCCCAUCGCCCUGUUCCAGCAGCUGGCCUCGGGCCACUAUGCCUUUCCCUGGGCCCACACACACCUGUGGCUAGUGGAUGAGCGCUGCGUCCCACUCUCAGAUCCCGACUCUAACUUCCAGAGUCUGCAGGCCCACCUACUGCAGCACAUCAGGGUCCCCUACUACAACAUCCACCCCAUGCCCGUGCACCUGCACCAACGACUUUGUGCCAAGGAGGACCAGGGUGCCGAGACCUAUGCCAGCGAGAUCAUGGCUCUGGUGGCCAACAGCAGCUUCGAUCUGGUGCUGCUGGGCAUGGGCACAGACGGGCACACGGCCUCUCUCUUCCCACAGUCGCCCACUGGCCUGGACGGGGAGCAGCUGGUUGUACUGACAGAGAGCCCCUCCAGGCCACACCAGCGCAUGAGCCUCAGCCUGCCCCUCAUCAACCGGGCCAAGAAGGUGGCGGUCCUGGUCAUGGGCAGGAUGAAGAGAGAGAUCACCCUGCUGGUGAGCCGUGUGGGCUGGGAGCCCAGGAAGUGGCCCAUCUCAGGUGUCCUGCCCACUUCUGGCCAGCUGGUGUGGUACGUGGACUAUGAGGCCCUGCUGGGUUGAUGGACGGGGCAUCUCUGCCCGCAGCUCAUUCCUGUGCUUUCCAUCCCCCAUGCUCCUGGCCUCUCACCUGCCCAGUGCACCUGCUGCCUAGUCAGACCCCGAAGAGGAGAGGGUGAGGCCCCAGCCCCUAGGGUGGUCCCAUGCUACCUGGAUGUAGCAGACAGACACGAAAACCAGGCAGAAAUGGGAUCUCUGUUCUCGAGUGAGUUCCAGGCCAGGAACGAGGCCUCCAGAGAAGGCCUCCUCGGCCCACCAGCAGCAGCCACCAGCACAGAGGAGGUGGACCAAAAGUACCCAUGUCCUGGAGGGGGACCAGGGAGCUGCCCGGAGAAAGCCAGAUGGAUGAGGAGGACGAGGCAGGGUGGCUGGAGGCCAUCCCCACACUUAGGUCUGUCAGGCCCCUGCCUCUCCCUCAGACUGUGCACCUGGAACCCGCAGCCCGCUUCUCCGGCCUGCUUCUCUGGGUCCUUCCUGAGCAGCCUGACAGCAGAGCUGCCACCUCCCGGGAACAGCAGCCAACAUGAAUGUCAGCAGGGCUGCUGCCCUUUGAGAACCACCAUGCCUGGAGGGGAGCGGUCUGGGCCCCAGUUGUGCAGUCUCUCUGGCCAGCCUCUCACUGCCAACACACACACACACACACACACACGCACACACACAGCUGGACCAUUCUGGGGAGUCCUAGCCUGGGAGAGGCCACCAGGUGGGUGUCUCCUGCCCUCUGAUGGUGACUACCGUGACCUCAAGUGGUGCUGGGUCAUCCAGCAGCUCCAACCAGCAGACAGGAGCCUGCCAGGAAAGCCACAGGCACUCCUCAUGCUACCUCAUGGCGGCCUACAACCUACGACUGCCUUCUGCAGAUCCCUGCCUCCCACCACCCCCGCCCACCCUUCCUGGCGUCCCUGGGAGCCGAGCUUGGGCCUCUGCUCCAUUGCUAGGGCUGUCCAUUUCCUGGAACCUCCUGACCCCACCCAAGGGGAGCUGAUAUUUUUAAAAGAAAAACCAGCAACAAAGAGAGAUCCCAGGAUAGAUGUGAUGUUUGUUUCAACUUCUCAAGUAGCGGAGCAGCCGAGGGGGCUAUCUGA